AUGACUGCUACUACAACCGUCAGUUUGGAAGAACACCCCAAAUACGUCAUCUUGGACGAGUCCAAGUGGACUCUCAAGGCCGAAAGCACCCACAAGGGCCCCUCUCCAUGGGCUACUACUCCCAACGAGGGUGCGUCUGUUCAGAGAACUGAGGCUCCAUUGAAACCAUCCGGGGCACUUGACCAGUACAAGUACACCGAUUUGACCCCUGUCAUUGGAAGAGAGUAUCACGAUAUUCAGUUAGCAGAGAUUCUUGACGAUGAUGACAAGAUCCGCGAUCUCGCCAUUAAUAUUGCUUACCGAGGCGUGGCCUUCUUCCGGGGCCAGAAAAUCACUGUAGAGCAACAGAAGGUUCUUGCUCAAAAGCUCACCAGUCUCACUUUCCAACCCAAGACCUCGUCUCUCCACAUCCAUCCCAUCACCCCUGGAGGAGGUUUCUUGAGACCAGACGGGUCCAUCGACCCCGAGGUCACACUCAUCUCUUCCGAGUAUGGCAAGAAAGUCUACCACAAAGACUACAAAGAAAACAAAGCGCUUGCGAGCAAGGGGAUCCACCAGGACUUUGCCUUUGAGACCAUUCCCAGCGCAUUCUCCAUUCUGAAAAUCAUCGAGCCUCUUGAAACUGGUGGUGACACCCUAUGGUGGUCAGGUGCCGGUUUGUACGACAAGCUCUCAGACCCUUUUAAAAGAUACCUCGAAACACUUACCGGAACCUUCUCCGGAAACCAAAUCGGCACGUGGCAAGAGAAGUUCAAGCUGUUCAACGGACCCAGGUAA